AUGAUAUUCCAUUUUAACCAAAAAGAGAAAGCAGAUUCAAGUAAAUGUAAAACAAUACAUGUAAGAAAGAGUAUUGAAAAUUGGGCAAUUAUACUUUUAUACAUACUAUUUGUCUGGUAUCGCAAGUCUGAACUUCAUUAUGACCAUAUAAUUCAUACCAAUUUUUGGGGUGUUGAAAAAAAUAAACCGCCAUUUUUGUUCCAAACAAAAAACUCAAUACCUCAAUUACUUCAAUUCUCUAUACCAACCCAACCUACUGCCAUAACACAAACAAUGUCAUAUCAUCUAAAUAUACUAUCUGUAUUAUCACGAUCUCCUUCACCACUGCCACAACCACAACCGCAACCACUGCAACAGCAGCUACUGCUGUCAUCUUCUCAUCCAGAUCCAGCACCUGAAGAUGAUAAACUUGCCAGAGAAUCCGAUGUCACUGUAUCAAAUAUUACUCUGCUGCUGGAAGCAGAAUAUCGAGGAUUUUCCAUUCAUAUAAUAAGUACCAUUGGAUUAAUUAUAUGGAUAAUUUGGACAUUAUUACCCGAUUCUUUAUUACAUAAAUUAUCAAUAGAUUAUUAUCCUAAUAAAUAUUGGAGUAUUGCUAUUCCUAGUUAUUCAUUAAUGUUGAUGUUAUUUGCGUAUUGGGUAUUUGCAUUAUAUAAUACGGAAGUUUUAACAUUACCUUUAAACGAUAUUCAUUGUAUAAUUGAUGAAAAUUCCGUGUUCCCCGGUGAGAAAAAGGUUAGUCAAGUGGAAAAACAAGAAGAAGAAGAAGGAGAAGAAGAGGAUAUGGGUGGUGGUGAUGAUUCAAUAAUGGAGAAUUCGAUUGAAUUUAUUCAUAAGGCACCAAGUGGUGUUUGGGAUUUGCCUAUUACAUUAGUGAAUGAUGUUCUAUAUGAAUGA